AUGCAAAUCCCCUGUUUGGAGCUGCCCUGCAAACGGUGUUGGGAUCGAAAGUACCACCUGAGAAACAAAAUCCUGAAGGCUUCUGGAGGUGCCUGGAAGCUGAAGUUCCAGGGCCUGAAAAGACCCUUUAAAGUUGCCGAUGUCAUCGCGGGGCAGCUCGGCGUGAGCAAAGAGAAGGUCACCCGGAAGGCCACUCUCGAAUCACUUGGUGCCCAUGACCAAUCUGAAGUCCUGAUGGCACUGGACCAGGCUUUCGGCAUCGAUCUGCCGAAGGAGGACACGAUUACGAGCUCCGGGCAGUUGAUGGACCUGGUUGAAGAGCACAACUCCGGCGGGUAUGGUAAAAACGAGAGAGGCGACUACUGA